AUGCAAUUCCUGCUCCACCAUAGCCCAACAGCUCAGUGGAGCACACCGUGCUACCUGGUGUGUGUAUUUAUUAUAGUCGCCUGCUCUGGACCAGCUUCACCUCUUCAUGCCCCUCCAGUGACAACAGGUCUCCGCUCUGCUUUCUCUGCCACACGCACCGACAGUGUCGUGGGAGGCAAGCAGAAGGCCGUGACCUUCAACAGGCUCAUGGUCAACAUUGGUGGGGAUUUCAAUCCAGACACCGGCCACUUCCGCUGCCGCGUUCCAGGGGCUUACUACUUCUCUUUCUCCGUGGGUAAGUUUCCAAAGAAAAUGCUUUCUGUGAUACUUGCGAAGAAUGGAGAGGAGGUGCAGGCUAUAGCAUAUGACGACUACCGCAAGAAAGGGAGGAAAGUUCAAAGCCAAAGCAUAAUGAUCAGUUUGAAGGAAAUGGACACAGUGUGGCUGCUUUUACAGCAGAGUCCUCAAUAUGCUUUGUACAGCAAUGCCGGCCCUUACAUCACCUUCUCUGGAUACCUUGUCUUUCCGGACAUUUCCCCAACCGGCUACGUCAGCAACCACCUGUCCCCAUCGGGAGUGUCCUACCCAAACUGUCCCCCUCAGUCUGUCCCCUUGGCCAGAGGUCAGACUUCAGAGCAGCCACAGUCUGCGUUCUCUAUGGCACGGACAUCCACACUCAUGGGUCAGAGCAACAAGCAGCCAGACAAGCCACCUUUGACCUUUGAUGUGGAAUACGUCAACAUCGGGGGCCAUUUCAACAAAACCUCAGGUGUGUUCACCUGCCAUUUUCCAGGCGCCUACUUCUUCGCCUUCACUGUGGGGAAACAUCCUCGUAAGGCGGUUUCUGUGAAGCUGAUGACCGGGAAGGGCGAGGUGCAGGCGAUGGUGUUUGAUGAGGACACAUCGAAGAGAAGGGAAAUGCAAAGUCAGAGCUUGCUGCUGUCUCUCCGCCGGGGUGACAGUGUGUGGCUGUACAGUCAGCAGGAUGAGCGCUAUGCUGUCUACAGCAACCAGGGGAGGUACACUACCUUUUCUGGCUUCCUGGUUUAUCUUGAAGCAGAAACACUAACACCUCCCACCACUCAGGACAGAACUCCCCUCUAA